AACAUAUGAUUUGUAUAUAAAGGUUAUGUUUAAAUGAAGUUUGGUAAACAAGUAAAAAGUGCAACUCGUAACAUCUGAAGCGCAAUAGAUAAAUUAAAAUGCCUACUGUUAUAUUACUGGAUAGUUCUCUGUCCAUGCUUCGGCCUAUAAUUCUACAGGAUGGAUUUAACACUAAGACAACUAGAAAGCAGUUGGCAAUUCAUGGCAUACAAAUGUUUUUAGAUCAUUUGUGUGUGCAUUCUAAACUUGAAUUUCUAUCAUUGGUGACAUUUUCAUCUACAUAUGAAGAACGGUGUCAAUUCACACGCGAUUACAACCACAUCAAGAAAGAACUCACCAACAUUGAAGAUUACGACAAAACUUGCAUUGAAUCUGCUUUGAAGGGCAUCAAUCAGAUUGUUUUAGAAGAAUGGGGCAACAAUACGUUGUGUCAGAUUUUACUCGUAACCGAUGGUAACACUGGCGUUGGUCCAGGCUCCCUUCGAGAUUCUUUGAAUCGUUACCAUCAAGGAGGAAAUUUCCCGCUGCCGUUUGCGUUUCCUGCGAAAUUACACGUUGUUUGUGUGUCCCCUAAUGAAGCUUCGUUGAUAAGAGCAAAACCACAAUAUCAAAAACUGAUCGAACUUUGUGGCGGUGAAGGAUCGGUUAUUGUCCCUGACCAAAUCACGGAAAUUAGUAUUACUAAUCUCUUCCAGAAGUUAGGUGAUGAUAUGUACACCAGCUUCAAAGGAACAUUGAAAUGCGGCCAUCUUGAAUCUUCGAUUUACUUAUCACCAAUGCCUAUUCCUUUUACAAAAGUUUGCGAGUUUGAGAAGCGAACGUACACAAUAUCGAAAACAAUCGAAGUUGUUGGCUUCAUCGCAGUUGCGGACAUUGGUUCACCUGCGGGUGUGAGCCGUCACCUCAUCCUGCCCACAGCCAUGAAUUCCACGAAUGCAAACACCUCGAAAACAGAUUCCGAUGUGGAGGAAAUCAUCGAAGACGACAAACAGCCCUCAUUUUGUGUACUCUUCCACGGCGCGUUGAAAGUGGAAAACAUGGCCGCGCUCGUCACAGUCGCCGAUGAUUGGUUCGGCUUCAUCUAUUCCUGGGCGGACUCGAAAAAGAAGUCGAAUUUAAUGCUCACCAUUCUCGCGCCGGGUGCCGACGCGGUGCCAUGGUUAGGCGAUCUAAACAAUCUGCACUGCGCCGAAGGCGUCAAUCAAGACAUUCUGCAAUCAUUUCCAGUGCGAUCUUCUGACAAACGCAGUUACUCACAAAAUAGCGUCGUGUGGAUACGGCAAACCGGACUUCAAUCAGACAUUCAAAAGAUAUUGCGACACGCGAAGAAGUUGCCGGAAAAAACUCAGCAGUUUUAUAAGGAACUCAACAGAUUGAAAAAAGCUGCAUUGCAAUUGGGUUUUCUUGAGUUAUUGGAAGGUUUAGCGAGGAUUUUCGAGCUGGAGGUGAGCCAGCUGGCGCCCAAUGCGCACGCUGACAUCGCGCAGCAGUUGACACACGCUGCUGCGCAGUUGCACAAGACGCGAAUUGGCGAUACUAAAUUAAUUAUGCCCUAUUCUGCAAAUUACACAUCAUAAAGUAUUAAAUUUGAAGAAUUUAAUAAGUAA